CUGCUGGGCACUGUGGGAGUGUUGCUGCUGUCCAACGGGCUGGUGCUGCUCUGCCUCCUGCACAGCGCUGACAUCCGCCGCCAGGCGCCGGCGCUCUUCACCCUCAACCUCACGUGUGGCAACCUGCUGUGCACUGUGGUCAACAUGCCACUCACGCUGGCCGGCGUCGUAGCACAGCGACAACCGGCCGGGGACCGCCUGUGCCGCCUGGCCGCCUUCCUCGAUACCUUCCUGGCUGCCAACUCAAUGCUCAGCAUGGCCGCGCUCAGCAUCGACCGCUGGGUGGCCGUGGUCUUCCCGCUAAGCUACCGUGCCAAGAUGCGCCUCCGCGAUGCCGCGUUCAUGGUGGCCUACACGUGGCUGCACGCUCUCACCUUCCCGGCCACCGCGCUCGCCCUGUCCUGGCUCGGCUUCCACCAGCUGUAUGCCUCGUGUACGCUAUGCAGCCGGCGGCCCGAGGAGCGCCUGCGCUUUGCUGUCUUCACUAGCGCCUUCCAUGCGCUCAGCUUCCUGCUCUCCUUCAUCGUACUCUGCUUCACGUACCUCAAGGUGCUCAAGGUGGCUCGCUUCCACUGCAAGCGCAUCGACGUGAUCACCAUGCAGACGCUUGUGCUGUUGGUGGACAUCCACCCCAGUGUAAGGGAACGAUGUCUGGAGGAGCAGAAGCGAAGGCGACAGCGUGCCACCAAAAAGAUCAGCACCUUCAUAGGGACCUUUCUCGUGUGCUUUGCCCCCUAUGUGAUUACCAGGCUGGUGGAACUCUUCUCCACAGCACCCAUUGGCUCCCACUGGGGUGUGCUGUCCAAGUGUUUGGCCUACAGCAAGGCUGCAUCUGACCCCUUCGUAUACUCCUUGCUUCGACACCAAUACCGUAGGAGCUGCAAGGAGCUUCUGAACAGGAUCUUCAACAGACGCUCCAUCCGCUCCCGCUCUGUGGGCCUCACAGGUGACUCACACAGCCAUAACAUUCUGCCAGUGUCAGAAUGA